AUGGUCAGAGGUGAAGAAGAUGAACCAGACGGUCGAUAUGGCUGUCGAGUUACAGACAAAGCGAACAAAAAGAAGAUAUUACAUUCUAUAUGCAUUUAUGGCGCUUUCUUUUCACUCGGCUGGAUAAGAGGACUCUACGGCCCUGCAUUGAUCGACAUACUGUUUAUAAGUGGCGUGACACUGGACCUUGGAUCCUUAAUAUUUACCUGUAACUCCAUUGGUUAUGCAUUGGGAUGUAUUGGUGGAGGAUAUCUGGCAGAUAGAGGGAACCGGAACAUUCUGUAUGGAGUAAGCCUAAUUUUACUUGGGAUUCUAAUCGCAGCCACUCCAUGGUGUUACGUGUUUGCGAUGAUGGUUGCCGUUCAUUUUGGACAGGGCAUCGUUACUGGUAUCAUAGACACAGUUGGUAAUGCUGAAAUAUUAUCCCUUUGGCGUGAUGAAAGGAUGAUGUUUUUCUUCCUGGAGCUGAUGUUUGGGACGGGGAUAUUCGUAUCACCGUUCGUGGCUGCGCCUUUCCUUCUGGAUAAAGACUCCCAAUUUGAUGCAUCCAAUGACAGUUUUCAUGAAGUGAUCAUACCGAGCCACACCGAGCAAAGAAAUAUAACGGACACAGUCGCAAAACAAAGCUCACAGCUUUUCAUACCAUAUACUAUAACUGCUUUUCUGUACAUUUGCCUCUGUGUGCCAUUCUUUAUCUUUUGUUUUCUUUCAAAAACGGAAGUAUCACAUGAAGUAGAAACCAAACAAUUGAAAGAGAAUGACAGCUUACCAUUGAAAGACAUUGCUAUCUUUAUUGUUAUCGGUAGCAGCGUUUUGUUUCUAGGGAUGGCUUUAGGAGAGGGGUUCAUAUCCUAUUUAGCUGUUUAUUGUGUCGACCACUUGGGUUUUAAUACAGCUGAAGGAGCCGUGAUCAGUUCUAUUUCUGGAGGAUGCAGCAUAGCAGCUGUUGUUGUGUCACUUUUCGCAUCUUCUUUAAACACACUGGUAUACCUUUGCAUUCAUAUAGUCGGUACAUUGGUUGGUGUUGCGUUUUUUCUAAUCUUCUCUGUGAUAAACUUUCGUGCAGGAGUGUGGUUGUUCGCUGGAGUUAUCGGUUACUUUAGAGCCAUGAUAUUUUCAUUGAUGUUGACCUGGACUAACGAAUAUAUAACUCCGAUGACUGGUAAGAUUACUUCCGUAUACAUGGUAAGCACGAGUGCAGGAUGUGCAAUAGUUCCGUUUUUGUUAGGAGUGCUGAUGGAGACUUACACCAACCUAUGGCUCUGCUAUCUGUUUCUCAUACUAGGAACGAUGUUAUUGGUGGUUUACAGUAUUGGUAUCAUUUUCACCAAGAAAAUUGUCACGAUGUACGGUAAAACUGGCAACAGAGUAAAAAAUGACCUGAAACCGGAAACAGCACCACUACAUCAUGAAUAG